AUGGCUCGUACUUGUCCCUUAAUCCUCGGGAUUACUGGAGGUGCCUCAAUCCUCAACUGCUGCCCUGACCGCGUCUCUGAGUGCGGUUUUGAUGCUGUUACUGCUGAUUCCUACCCUGCUGGCCUGAUCGUCAGUGCCACAUGGUUAUCUGAAAGAAGUUUUUACCUUUUUUUUUGGGGGGGUGCAGACAAGCUACCGUAUUCUAUUAGGAUUCUUCUUGAGUCAGCCAUCCGGAACUUUGAUAACUUCCAGGUCACAAAGAAUGAUGUCGAGAAGAUUAUUGACUGGGAGAAUACCUCCCCAAAGCAAGUUGAGAUUCCAUUUAAGCCUGCAUGUGUUCUUCUGCAGGAUUUUACUGGUGUGCCAUCUGUUGUCGAUCUGGCCUGUAUGCAAGAUGCUAUGAACAAGCUAGGAAGUGAUUCUAAUAAGAUCAAUCCAUUGGUUCCAGUAGAUCUUGUGCUUUGCCGUUGCUACAUUCUUAUAUGUGCUGGUUGUCUGUGGCUAUGAUCGAGGAAUAUCUGCGGGCAAACAAGAUGUUUGUUGAUUAUAGUGAGGUAGACGUAAUUUCCUCUCUAACUUAGGUACACAUAUCACAUCCUAGAAUUGGCUGAUAACUUAUUUUGUUAUCGAAAAUCAGCCUCAGAAGGAAAGAUUAUACUCGUCCUACCUGGAGUUGGACCUUGCUGAACUGCAUUCUUGAUGUAUGAAAUAUGUAUGUUUUUAAAGUUGAUUAUUGAGUUAUACAUGUGGAUAUAGAUCUUUUAUGAGAUGUAUAUGUGAGAUAUUAGUUAUGAAAUGUGAAAUUUGAAUUUAUGCAAGUUUCUUUAAAUGUUUGUGAAAUUUUGAUUGUAAAAAUUUUGAAUGUAGUGUAUGGAUGUAUGCGAGA